AUGGACCGCGGCAAGGCACACAUCGACGAGCUCGACCAGGCUGCCCUGGAUGCGGGCGAUCUUGCCGCGCUUGGCCAUGCUGAGACGCUCACCCGCAAGUUUGACGUCUGGAGCAUGCUUGCUCUCUCCUUUUGCAUUCUCGGCACCUGGAGCACCUGUGCCCAGAACCUGGCCAGCGGUCUCCUCAACGGCGGCCCCGUCACCAUCCUCUGGGGUCUCGUCUUCGUCUUCGGCUGCAACCUCUGCGUCGCCAUCUCGCUCGGCGAGCUCUGCAGCAGCAUGCCCACAGCCCUCGGCCAGGCCUUUUGGAUCUCGCGCCUGUGGGAAACGCCUUGGGGUCGUCGCUCCUCGUACAUGUGUGCCUGGAUCAACACCUUUGGCUGGUGGACCCUCACAGCCUCCCAGAAUGCCUUCAUGACCCAGUUCCUCCUUGGCAUGAAGCUCAUGUUUGACCCCGAGUGGGAGGGCGCCAACAAAGGCUGGGUCAAGCUCCUCGUCUACGUCGGCAUCACUGUGGCCUUUAGUGCCUUCAAUCACGUUGCCUGCCGGAAUGAGAAAAUCCUGCCUGGCUUCAACAAUUUCGUCGCCGUGGGCUUCGUUGCACUCUUCUUCGCCCUCGCCAUUGGCCUCCCCAUUGCCGUGGGCACCCAUCAUGAGCUGCAUUUCCAAAACGCCAAGUUUGUCUUUGGCACCUGGAUCAACAGCACCGGCUGGAAUUCCGGCGUUACCUGGUUCCUCGGCCUCGUCCAGUCGGCCUAUGGUCUCACCGCCUUUGACUCGGUCAUCCACAUGGUGGAAGAGAUCCCCAACCCGCGCAAGCAGACGCCCAUGACCAUGUACAUGUCCGUCAUCUGUGGCGCCGUCUCCGGCUGGAUCUUCCUCUGCGCGUGCCUCUUCUGUGUCCAAGACUUCAAGAACCUGCAGGAACCCACCUCCGGGCAGCCCUUUAUCCAGCUGAUCCAGGACGUCGUCGGCGUCAAAGGCGCCGCCGUCUUCGUCGCUCUCUUCAUCUUUAACGGCAUGGGCCAGGGCAUCAGCAUCAUGACGUCGGCCUCGCGCCUCACCUGGAGCUUUGCCCGCGACGGCGGCAUCCCCUUUGCGCGCUACUUUGCCCACGUCGACACGUACUGGCUCAUGCCCGUGCGCGCCCUCUGGCUGCAGGCCGGCAUCACGGCUGUCGUCGGCCUCCUCUACCUCUUUGCCGACACGGUCCUGCAGGCCAUCCUGAGCGUCAGCACCAUUGCCCUCACCAUUUCGUACGCCAUGCCCAUUGCCGCCCUCAUGCUGGCCGGCCGCGAACGCCUCCCGCCCGGCGGCACGCUGCACCUCGGCCGGUGGGGCCCGCUCCUCAACUGGAUCUCGCUCGUCUACUGCACCGUGUCGACCGUCUUCUUCUUCUUCCCGUCGGCGCCCAACCCGGGCAUCGCCGACAUGAACUGGGCUAUUGCCGUCUUUGGCAUCAUGCUCGUCGUCUCCGUCAGCUUCUGGUUCCUGCAGGGCCAGCGCACCUACAUGGAGCCGCAGUACCUGCCGGAGAACAUCCUGGUCGACGACCCCGCCGUCUCGGAGACGUACGGCACGUUUGCGGAUGACUCAUUGGAGUCGUCGUUUGCUGGACCGUCGUCGGCCAACUCUCAAUAG